AUGCCCGCCUCCUCUUACCCUCGCCAACUCCAAUCUAUCCCGCCACCAGCACCCCCGCGCGCGUCCUCCCACGGACGCUACCCACUUACGGACGCCAUUCAUCACAAUCAGUACCAGCCGCAGCAGGCGGCACAGGACACCCUCUACAAGCGAGCCCCCCAGCAGCAUGACGUCCCGCCACCCGUGCCGGAGAAACAACCACAGCAGCAACAGAACGUACCGGCGUCACCUCCUCUCCCUAGGCAGAAUGCGAAAGUUCAGCCGCCUUCACCUCCUCAUGUGAUUCGCGACAAGUCGAGGGCGAUGAACUUCAAGAGAGUCGGGUUUCUUGGCGAGGGAGGGUUCGCCAGAGUUUACGAGGUGCAAGACUCGCUUGGUAGCCAUCACGCCUGCAAAGUCGUCACGAAGGAUUCUUUGAAAACCAAGAAAGCGAAAACCAAACUCUAUGCCGAAAUCAAGAUUCACCGCUCCCUUGAGCACCCGAACAUUGUCAAGUUUAACGAGUGUUUCGAAGACGACGCGAACGUCUACAUGACUCUCGGCCUCUGUACCUCUGGCUCCCUCAUGGACAUGCUCCGCCGCCGACGCAAAUUCUCCGAGCCCGAAUCUCGCUUCUUCAUGAUCCAACUGAUUGGUGCCUGUCACUACAUGCACGAGCACCAGGUCAUCCACCGUGACCUGAAGCUCGGCAAUCUCUUCCUUGACGGGAACAUGAACGUCAAGGUGGGAGACUUUGGGCUCGCGGCGUUGAUCGAGAAUCCGGGUGAGAGGAAGAAGACGAUUUGUGGAACGCCGAAUUAUAUUGCGCCGGAGGUGCUGUUCGACGUGGCGAAUGGACACAGUUUCGAGGUGGACACUUGGUCUAUCGGUGUCAUUCUCUAUACGCUCGUCGUUGGAAAGCCUCCGUUCCAGACGAAGGACGUCAAGACUAUCUACAAACGUAUCCGCGACAAUGAAUACGAAUUCCCGCCCGAGUCCACCGUCUCCAGCGACGUCCGUUCCCUCGUCCAAGCCAUCCUCACCCCCGACCCCUCCGAACGUCCUCCCCUCCUCGACAUCGCCGACGACACCUGGUUCACCAACGGUCUCGUACCCGGCUACAUCCCCAACUCCGCACGAGAAAUCAAACCCGACUUCUCCAACAUCACACGCUCCGCCUCGCGCCAGAAUCUCGCCCGAGUCCGCAAAGCCGCCUUGCUCGACGAGGAAGAACCGGCGCCCAUCGCGCUCCCGGGUUCCAUGAUGCGGAGUCAGGCGAGUUCGACGGCGUCGUUGCAGUAUCAGUAUAGUCAAGGCUACGGCGGAAGUGGACGAUCCGCUGCGUCGUCGCAGGCACAACAGCAACAACAGCAAACCCAGCCGAUGUCGUCCUCCCUCGCUCAGCAAGAAAAGGAAUUCCAAAAAGCCGUCCAGCCAGGAUCACCCAUCUCCGCCCUUCUGUCUUCCGCGCGUCAACCUCUGCUCGUCGCGCCCGCUAACGCACCACAGCGUGAGACUUCGCUGUUUAGGAAGUUGCAGGCUGCGAAGAAGGAGCAGCAUCAGAGGCAGCGGUCGGAUUCGCCUGUGAGGGGGGCGAGGUUGCCGGGGAUUGGGGAGGAGGCGGAGGAGGAUGGGGGUGUGGGUGUGAGGAAUAAGGAGUUGGAGAGUCAGAAGGCACGUAUCGUGGCGCAGAUGGCGCCGCCGGCUGUGCCGACGACGGCUACGAGUAGCGCGGCGGGGAGCGUUAAUGGGGAUAGAGAGCGGGAGUUGGAGAGGGAGAUGGAGCUGGAGAGGGAGAUGAUGAUGAUGCAGAAGGAGAGAGGGAGGGAGAAUAGGCCGCCUGUUGGGGAGAAGCGGAGGGAGAGGGUGGAGAGAGAGAUGAGGGAGGCGAGGCUUCGCGAGGAGAAGGAGCGGGAGAUGGAGCUUGAGAGACAACGUGAGCGGGCACUGGAGAAGCAACGCGAGCGGGAAUUGGAGAAGCAGCGCGAGCGGGAAUUGGAGAAGCAACGCGAGCGUGAGCUGGAGAAGCAACGGCUACGCGAGCUAGAGAAGCAACGGGUGCGCGAACUGGAGAGGCAACGGGAGCGUGAGCUGGAGGAACAACGAGAGCGCGAGCAGGAGGAACGGCUGGAGAGGCAACGUGAGCGUGAGCUCGAGAGACAACGCGAACGUGACCUCGAGCGAGCCAAGGGCAAGCAGAGAGCUCGGGAACGGGAGGAGGUUCCACCGAGUGUUCCUCCUAAGGUCAAUACUUUCGACGCCGCUGCGCAGACGCUCAGCAUGGCUUUGGAGGCUCAGGCGAGGGGAAGGGUCUUCAGGGAUCCGAGGGAGGACUCGGAGAUCCCGGAAGAGAAGGUGUUCAUUGUUUCUUGGGUGGAUUAUUGUAAUAAGUAUGGGAUGGGGUAUGCGUUGACGGAUGGGACGGUGGGCGUGCAUUUCAAUGAUAGCACGUCGAUCGCGUUGGCGCCAGACAAGCACCACUUCGACUACAUCUCUGCCCGCCGGAAUGGGACCGUUUACGUCCGCAAACCCUACACUGUAUCCGAGUACCCCGAGGAGAUGAAGAACAAGGUAUAUCUCCUCAAACACUUCGAGAGGUACAUCAUGGACAAAUUGUAUGGCGAGCACAACUACACGUUCGAGGAUAUCGAGAGGACAAAGGGGAUGCACUUCGUCCAGAAGUACCUGAGGAUGAAGAAUUUGAUCGUGUUCAAGAUGAGCCAUGAUGCGAUUCAGUUCAACUUCCACGAUCACUCUAAGAUCGUGUUCUCCUCCUGCGGCCUGCGCAUCACUCACAUCGACAAGAACUACGUCAUGACCCGCUGGACCCUCGCAGAGAUCAUGGCCAAAUCCCUCUUACCUCCCGUUACGGACCCAGCGAUGGCGAAGUUGCACCAGCGGAUGAUGGACAAGAUCAAGUACUGCAAGGAGGUGUUGAUGAGUAUCAAGAAUGCGGCGGCUCAGGGAGCCGGUUCGGACGUCGGGGGUGCGGAGAGGGGAGGCCCAAGGGAUGUGGAGAUGGCGUUGGGCGUAAAUUUGGGUGAUUUUGGAGGGGAUAUGCCGACGAUUAGUGCGAAGGGGAGUAAGAGCUCGUUGAGGUAGUGGGGGAAUGGUAUAUCUGUGUGAUAUGUUGGAUUUGUCUUCCCUCGUUCUCCGCCGUCUCUGCACUUGUCGCCGUUUUCCCCUCUUUUUUUGUUCUGUUCUCUUACGUCCAAGCCCAUUCUUCACCCUCACACGCUUUCUUAGGACCUUUACACGAGCCCUCCGUCACGAUCAUCUAUCCUUCUCUCACUUUCUCAUGUUGUCUCAUCGCAAUCACCGCCAUCGCACCCAACCCAUGAACUCUCUUCGAGCUCUCCACCCGCACUGCAACAGUGAUACCCCUCAACGUCUUUCUUCCCUUGUUUU